UCGCUACUGCACGGUGUCGCACUGCGCUAGUAAAACAUUCAAAAUGGCGGUGCCAAGCCCAAGAUGUGCGAGGCACAGCGUCAGGAUCAACUCGUUAUAUAACAGUAAGGUAACCGUAUACCAAGGUCUGUAGACGAUGAGCUGAUUGUUCACAUUUAGAAGGCUUCCUCUGAACCAUGGCACGGCCGAGAGUGACGCUGUUUGUAAACAGGAGUCGGGAAAAGGGUUGCGUUUGCUUGAUUCCGUCAGACAUGGAAGAGCUUCUCAAAAUCGCCAGUCACAAGCUAACCGUUGACGCGAAGACGCUCUAUACGGAGCAGGGAGCUCUUGUGGAUGAGAUUGAUGUGAUCAGGGACAAUGACGUACUGUAUGUGUCACCGGGAGAGCCGUUCUUUGAAACCAAAACAAACCGAAAGGAACCGUCAAGAACUUGCCAUAAUGGGGCCUUCCGCCAGAGGGCGCACGUGAACCAUGACUUGGCCGGCCCAUCGCAAACAGACUGGAUUUCCGUAAACGUUGGAGGGCAGUUGUUUACAACCACCAGAAGUACUCUGGUGACUAAAGAGCCGGAGAGUAUGCUUGCCAGAAUGUUUGACGAUGAGUCCACAAGCCUGUGGUCACACGCGAGGGAUGAUUCCGGAGCUUAUCUCAUCGACCGCAGCCCUCUCUACUUUGAACCGAUCUUGAACUUCCUUCGCCAUGGCCGCCUGAUACUCAACCAGGGAGUCAACCCUGAGGGUGUGUUGGAGGAGGCAAAAUUUUUCGGUAUCUUCACCCUCGUGGAAAUCCUUGAAGACAUCAUCAAGACCGGAGAGCCCAUCGGAGACGGGACCCCCCUGACGAGACGGGAGUUUGUCCGCAUCUUGAUCGCGACGCCGUCAAACCGCGAACUCAGGAUGCAGGGCAUCAACUUCUCCGGUGCCGACCUGUCCAAACUGGACCUGAGAUACAUCAACUUCAAACAAGCCAACUUCCACAACGCUGAUCUCUCCGGGGCCAACCUUGCCAGUUGCUCUCUCGAGCGAGCAGACCUCUCGAAAGCCGUCCUGGAAGGGGCAAACCUACAGGGUGUCAAGAUGGUGUGUGCGAAUCUGGAGGGCGCCUCCAUGCGGGGGUGCAAUUUCGAAGACCCGACGGGCCUGCGAGCGAACAUGGAGGGCUGCAACAUGAAGGGCGUCGACCUGGAGUGCAGCCAGAUGGGCGGGGUCAAUCUGCGAGUUGCAACUCUGAAGAACGCCAGUCUGCAGAAUUGCAACUUGAGAGGCGCAAUUCUGGCGGGCACGGACUUGGAGAACUGCAACCUGACGGGGUGCGACUUGCAGGACGCGAACCUGCGCGGCGCGAACGUGAAGGGCGCGACGUUUGAAGAGAUGCUGACGCCGAUCCACAUGUCCCAGUCUGUGCGAUAAGAUGUGGAAAUGUAACCUGAAAUAUGUGUAUCAUUGACAUACACAUCCUUGGACAUUCAUCUUCCACAGAGAUAUGAGAUAUGUAACAUUUAUUGAAAUAUAUUUCAGACUAUUUAAAAAGAGUUUGCUUCAGAGACUAUUCUGGCACCAAAUACACAUUUGAAUGAUUAACUAUUUCAAAGAAAUUUGAUGCUGAAAAAAAAAGCUAACAUGUGCCCUACACUUCCAGGAACUCCCUGAAAUGCAGUUUAAAUUAAAGUUGCUAAACCCAAGUGCAAAUACAGUGAAAGAAUUCAUUUGAGCUGUUUUGUUUAUGUCCAAAUGUUAUACAGGAAGUUUGAUUGACUCAAACAAGAAAUCUGCAAUUUGAUUACAGUUGCUAUGGUGAAUGUUGAGAAACCUUAACUUCUACGUACACCAGGCAUAAUGUUACAUUGCUAACAAAUUCAAAAAUCCACUGAUCUAGUAGUAUAGUCUGUCUAGUUUUAUUUUAACCAUGACUAUAAAGUGGCCAAAUUUUAUUUCAGUA